AUGGAACCGUCAUCAUCUGCAGACAGGCCAAAUCUACAAAAGACUCGCACAAAUUCCUCGUCUUUUAGAGUGAGAAGACCGAGUCGUACAACAUCUAAAUACGGAUCCAUUGUAGAGGAAAGAAACUAUCCAAAUGUCAACAGUACCCAAGACGACAACGAUGCGGACAAUGACAGCGAGCAGGAUAUGGACCCUAAUCACGACACGCGUCAAGGCAGCACGUAUCAUGCUAGCGAUCGAAUGUCAUUCAGUAGUCUGGACCAUGAAAUCACACUCAAAGACAAGCAAGAUGCCAUGAAUACGCAACAUCCCUUUGGGUUGCCUCUCUGGAAACCAGCACUCUACAAAAAAUCUCGUUCGGUAGUUCGUAAAGCAAACAAUGCUUUGCAUUCAUCUCCGGCUUCAUCGUCCGAUUUCUUUCUCAAUCCAGGUAACUUGCUUUGGGCUGCUCUGUUUGGCUGGUGGCUGGCUCUGGUCGUCCUGUUUGUAUCACUUGUCAUCUCACUCUGUGGUGGCCAUGCUUAUGGCGUCAUGCUGAGAGAACUGAGCUCCUAUUUACUAUGGCCAUUCGGCCGCUAUGUCGAGCGAUUGGUGGAAAUCACACCUUCUGUCAUGAGUGAUCUGGCAAGAGAGCGGUCUUCGGGCCAGUCGUCGGUAGUGAUUGAUGACGAUAAUGAGAUUGACGUGGACGAUGAGGAGGGUCAUCAUCACCACCAUCAUAGACGCAAGAGAUACAACUGGCUUCGUGCUGUACUUGAAACCAUCAAAUUGGGACCUGUGGCAUGUCUGUAUUAUAUCUUGUUUUUCAGUAUUAUUGCGCCUCUUUUGCUGCUGGUCUCUAGCAUCUGCUGGAUGUGCGUUGUCACUGUGCCCAUGGCAAAACUCAACUACAUCUUGGUCCGUCAUCUGCGUCGCCAUCCAUUGAGCCUACGAUUCCAUUCCAAACCAUCCAUUCUGACAGGAGCACAUCAACAGCCGACCAUCAUCUUGCUGUGUACAUAUCAAGCAUUUGGCUGGCAAUACUACAAAUACACUUACAAUGGCAUCAACAUCAUGUUUAUCAACUUGAUCCCCUUGGUAUUCUUUGUCAUUUUCGAUGAUUAUGUGCUCAAAUCCUACUUUCCAGAUGCCUUCAUCACAUCGCCGCAUGUCAUUUUUAGUUUGUCGUUGGCCUCUGUGAUUCCAUUGUCCUAUUUCAUUGGUAUGGGUGUUAGCAGUGUGUCCGCUCAAAGUAGCAUGGGACUAGGUGCAGUCAUCAAUGCAACAUUUGGUAGUAUCAUUGAAAUUAUCUUGUAUGCAGCUGCCCUCAUGGCUGGUAAGAGCUCGCUUGUGGAAGGUUCCCUGAUCGGUAGUAUAUUGGCGGGCGUCUUGCUGAUGCCAGGCUUCUCCAUGAUCAGUGGUGCUGUCAAGAGAAAAGAGCAGCGAUUCAAUGCAAAGAGUGCGGGUGUUACUAGUACCAUGCUAAUCAUGGCCAUCAUCGGUGCCCUGUCUCCCACACUGUUUUAUCAGUUCUUUGGAUCCUUUGAAUUGCGUUGCACAGGAUGCCCUGAAGUUGCUGACCCAAAUGGCUCUCUUGCUUGCUCACACUGCUACUAUGAUCAAAUGAAUCCAUCUGAGGAUCCCGUGUACCAAAACAGUGUCAAGCCCUUCAUGUUGAUUUGUGCCGCUAUUCUACCAUCUGCCUAUGUCAUUGGGCUUUUGUUCAGUUUGCAUACGCAUGCAGACAUGGUGUGGAAGAACCCCACAUCCACCACUACGAAGCAUCCCAUUGUAGAAGCACAUACAGCAACUGUUGUUCAUCCUCAGAGAGUAUACCCUGUACAUAUCAUCUCUCAACAAGAACAAAAUCAUCCCAGUGAGCAAACACCCAUCAAUGCCUACAGUAUCCAUGCUGUCGAUCAAUCUGCCACUUCAUUCAUUGCAAAUCCAAGCACAACUACCAACGCAACUACAACCACGACGACGCUACCUCAACCCUUGGCGUUUGUGCAUGCUAAAGAACCAGAAGAGGAGGAGGAGGAGGAAGCAGCAGCAGGUCAUGAUUCGCCCAACUGGGGUAAAGCCAUGAGUUAUUCAGUGCUGUUUGGCUGUACAUUGCUGUACUCUAUCAUUGCAGAAAUUCUAGUGCAGACAGUGGAUUUGGUCAUGGAGAAUGUAGCCAUUGACGAGAAAUUCCUGGGUUUGACAUUAUUUGCUCUGGUGCCUAAUAUUACAGAAUUUAUGAAUGCCAUCUCAUUUGCUCUCUAUGGAAACAUUGUACUAAGUAUGGAAAUUGGCUCAGCUUAUGCUUUGCAAGUCUGCUUAUUACAGAUUCCUGCCAUGGUAGCAUUUUCAUUGUGGUACAACUGGGGUAAAGAAGAGAUCAAAAAGUUUACAUUCAACUUAAUGUUCCCUCGUUGGGAUGUCAUUUCUGUCAUAUUCUCAGUCUUUUUGCUAACCUACACCUACCAGGAAGGCAAAUCCAACUACUUUAAAGGUUCGAUUCUUUGUCUGAGUUACGUUGUGUUGGUAGCAGGAUUCUAUUACAUACCUUCCUUUAGUAAUGCGUCUAAUUUAUACGUUGGUAUUGAGCCAAGAGCAUAG